UAAUGUUUUGCUGCAGUACUAAAAAGAAAUAAAAAGAGUAAAUAGUCUCCACUUAAAAGAAGAAUAAGAUCUUAACUGUAAUUUUUUUAUUUAAUAUUACUUAGGAAUUCUCAGAAGAAAUAAACGAUGAAGCAAUGACACUCUACUAAUCAGCCUACUAUCAAAACAUUUCAACAGUGUUUUAAUAUCCAGCAGAGCCAAACUCUAUGAGGUAAACAAUAUGGUCAUACAGAUUUAGAUCAGGUUCAAAUUCUAAGACCACAAGAUCUGUUGAACGUCUAACAAAUGUUCUUCCAAUAUUUGUACCUCGAAAAACUUCAUUCAAUAGUUUUAAAUAUAGUAGAACUAAUCAGAAUACAAAAUUUGUUUCCACUAAAAAAGGAUUUACAUUAUUAGUGACAAAUACUAAUCCUUGUUGA